GACAUAGAUUCCAGUCAAUGGAAGUGAUCAAUCAAACUGACAAAGAUUUGAUUUAUGAUGUGGUGACCAUGAGCUCCUUUGAGCUUUCUUGACAGUGUGAUAGACAUCUAUGAUGAGAUUGCAGAAAGACAGAAAGAAGUAGGGCCAGCAAAGUGAAAUAAGAAAUUUCUCAAAUGUAGCACUGCAAACCUUCUGUUUGCUUGUGGUUCUAGCAUGAAGAUGGAGGAGGGGAAGGUGGUAAUAAUCAAGAUCAGGGCACCAGUCCCAUGCAUGACUCAAGCAAAGAUCGUACUGUUCAAAUACCCGUGGAAACAAGUAUGCGGUAUAUGACAAGUGAAGCAUAUAAGGAGACAUACGGAGAUCAUCUUGUCUGGCAGUUGUAUAGAAGGAAUUUCAAAGGCCAGUUCCCUCCAAAGAGAACUCGUCAGACCUGCAUUAGGAAGGGAGUGAUCGCCACUGGCAAUCCUUGUCCCAUCUGCAGGGAUGAGUAUUUGGUGCUUGAUUACCGCAACAUCAAGCUGUUGCACCAAUUCCUUUGUCCACACACAGGACAAAUUCUUAGAUAUUCAACGGAACCUUUGGGUAGGAACCCUCGUCAGGGUACACAGCUCCUCCGUACCCAGGUGUACCAGGACCAGGUCCUCCAUCAGGUGCGACUGGGUACAUGGCCAUCAUGGGGGAUGCAAGUGUAUGUCCAGGUGGUCCAGGAAACAUCAUUGGAGGAUAGCCACCUGCCAUUGGAGGAGGCAUCAUUCCUGGAGGCACCAUCAUUCCUCCAAGUGCCAUUGGGGGUGGUUGAGGAGCUGGUGGGAAGUCGCCAACUGCCACUGGCCUCCCAUCAGAAGUUCAUCCUUGGGUCCCUCUGCAGCUGUUUGAUCCUCCUCAAGAUGGUUCUCUUCCUUAACCUUCACCUUCAGCUCCUCCACUUCCUCCUCUUCCUCCUCCUCCUCCUGGUCCAUUUCCUCUUCCUCAUGGAAAUAUGUGACUGGCCAUCUAACAUUCACAAGGAGUCCAUGACUGGGAUGCAACAGACCACCUGUGAAGAGGAAUGGGCUCACCUGUUGUACAUGAAGUUAUUCCUUGGUGGUCGUUUACCCAGACACUCUAAAUACUUACCUCAGCAUGGAGAACGAACCUCCUCCAUGUACCACAGUCCUGGCAAGGGGAUCCGCUAUUCACCGUUUUAA